CCCGUACACCCCGCUCACUAACCCGGAUGUGGAUUCCUUGUUAACCCGGAUGUGGGCGGGGGGCCCCGCUGACCCGGAAGUUGUCGCAGAGGUGAACCGGAAGAAAACCGCUGAACUCGACUUCACGUGGAGGUGCUCGCCAACACGAGCCUUUCACCAUGGUGAAGGAACAGUUCAGGGAGACGGAUGUAGCCAAGAAGAUAAGCCACAUCUGCUUCGGCCUGCAGUCGGCCGAGCAGAUGAAGCGACAAUCUCACAUCCACGUGGUGAGUAAAAGUCUCUACUCACAAGACGGUGCCCACAGCCCCGUGCCCUACGGAGUGCUGGAUCACCGCAUGGGCACGAGUGACAAGGAGCGGCCAUGCCUCUCCUGCUCCAAGUCUCUUGCCGACUGUCCCGGCCACUUUGGCUUCCUGGAUCUGGAGCUGCCUUGCUUCCACGUCGGAUACUUCAAGGCUCUCAUCGGAGUUCUGCAGAUGAUCUGCAAGAGCUGCUCCCGCGUGCUGCUGCGUCCCGCUGAGCGCUCUGCCCUGCUCGAGUCUCUGCGGCGCCCUGGCCUCAAAUACCUCCACAAACGCUCGCUCAAACGCACGGCAACGGAGCGCUGCCGCAAGACGCAGCGGUGUCCUCACUGUGGAGCUGUCAACGGCGUGGUGAAGAAGUGUGGCCUCUUGAAGAUUGUCCACGAGAGGUUUCGUGCCACCGCCCGCAAGGCCGACCCCGAGGUGGCCGCUCACCAUGCCAGCUUCAGCACGGCCAUCGAACACAACCGGGAAAUCGAACCUCUCCUCUCACGCGCACAGGAGACCCUGAAUCCCCUGGUGGUCCUCGCCCUGCUGGAGCGAAUCCCCGACGAGGAUGUCCCCCUGUUGCUCAUGAGCACCGGUCCAUCCGCAACACCCCCCGUAUCCGCCGCGGCCGCCCCCGUAUCCGCCGCGGCCGCCCCCGUAUCCGCCGCGGCCGCCCCCGUAUCCGCCGCGGCGUGGUCGCUGGGCCGUCCCGAGGAUCUCCUCCUCCGGCGUCUUCCGGUGCCGCCGCUGUGCGUCCGCCCGUCGGUGGUGAGCGACGUAAAGUCGGGAACCAACGAAGACGACCUCACGAUGAAGCUGACGGAGAUCUUGUUCCUCAACGACGUCAUUAAGAAGCACCGUGCGUCAGGCGCUAAGAGCCAGAUGAUCAUGGAGGAUUGGGACUUUUUGCAGCUGCAAUGUGCCCUCUACAUCAACAGCGAACUCUCCGGAAUUCCUCUCAACAUGGCGCCCAAAAAGUGGACCAGAGGAUUUGUGCAGAGGCUCAAGGGGAAGCAAGGGCGUUUCCGUGGCAACCUGUCCGGCAAGCGUGUUGACUUCUCUAGCCGGACGGUGAUCUCCCCGGACCCAAACUUACGCAUUGACGAGGUCGCUGUACCGGUUCACGUGGCGCGCAUUCUCACCUACCCAGAGCGGGUGACCAAAGCGAACCUGGAGCUGAUGAGGAAGUUGGUGAUGAGAGGCUGUGACGAGCACCCUGGGGCCAACUUCAUCCAGCAGAGACAGAACAACAUGAAGAGGUUCCUGAGGUACGGCAACCGCGAGAAGAUGGCGCAGGAGCUCCGCUUGGGCGACAUUGUGGAGAGGCAUCUCAUGGAUGGUGACGUGGUGCUCUUUAAUCGUCAGCCGUCGCUGCACAAGCUGAGCAUCAUGGCUCACAUUGCGCGAGUGAAGCCCCACCGGACGUUCCGCUUCAACGAGUGCGUGUGCACGCCGUACAACGCGGACUUUGACGGCGACGAGAUGAACCUCCACCUGCCCCAGACGGAGGAGGCCAAGGCGGAGGCGCUCAUCCUGAUGGGGACUAAGGCUAAUCUCGUGACACCACGGAAUGGUGAACCGCUCAUCGCAGCCAUCCAGGACUUCAUCACCGGUGGCUAUCUUCUCACACACAAGGACACGUUUUUCGACCGUUCUCGCGCCUCUCAGAUUGCUGCCUCCAUGCUGGCCGGCUGUGACUCUGCAGUGCGGAUAACCCUGCCACGUCCUGCUGUAGUCAAGCCUGUGUCUCUGUGGACAGGCAAACAGAUCUUCUCCCUCAUCCUGCGUCCUAACCUCAGGGACCCGGUGCGUCUGAAUCUGCGCACUCGCGGGAAGCAGUACAGUGGGCACGGGGAAGACCUCUGUACUAGUGACUCAUUCGUAGUGAUAGAGAACAGUGAGCUGCUGGCGGGAAGCCUGGACAAGGCCACGCUUGGCUCAGGCUCCAAGGCCAGCGUCUUCUACCUGCUGCUCCGUGAUUGGGGUCAGGAAUCGGCCGCGUCUGGGAUGUCGCGCCUGGCGCGGAUGGCACCGGCCUUCCUUUCCAACCGGGGCUUCUCGGUCGGCAUAGGCGACGUGACUCCGGGCCGAGGGCUGCUGCGUGCCAAGCAGGAGCUGCUCACCGAGGGCUACGCCAAGUGCCAAGACUUCAUAGCGCAGCUCCACGCUGGGCGGCUGCAGCCCCAGCCGGGCUGCACUGCAGAGCAAACGCUUGAGGCUGUGAUUCUGAAGGAGCUCUCCGUCAUCAGAGAUCACGCUGGCAGUGCGUGUCUGCGUGAGCUGCACAAGACCAACAGUCCUCUCACCAUGGCCCUGUGUGGCUCUAAGGGAUCCUUCAUCAACAUCUCCCAGAUGAUCGCGUGUGUGGGGCAGCAGGCCAUCAGCGGCUCCCGCAUCCCCAACGGCUUUGAGGACCGAUCACUGCCACACUUUGACAAACACUCAAAGAUCCCAGCAGCGAAGGGUUUCGUGGCUAACUCGUUCUACUCCGGCCUGAGCCCCACGGAGUUUUUCUUCCACACGAUGGGCGGCCGCGAAGGCCUCGUGGACACUGCCGUGAAGACCGCCGAGACCGGAUACAUGCAGAGGCGCCUGGUGAAGUCGCUAGAGGAUCUGUGCGCCCAGUACGACCUCACGGUGCGCUCCUCCACGGGCGACGUGGUGCAGUUUGUGUACGGGGGAGACAACCUCGACCCGGCCUCAAUGGAAGCUCGCGACAGCCCCCUGGACUUCCAGCGCGUGCUGAGUCACAUCAGGUGUAACUUCCCGUGCCCCACGGAGUGCGCUUUGAGCGCAUCGCAGCUGCUGCUGAGUGGCCGGGCAGCCGUGGAAAGCUCGGACCUCAUGGCGUGUCACGGGGGGGACUUCCUGCAGGAUCUGCGACUCUUCCUAGAGGCGUACUCAGCGCGCAUCCACAAGACGCGGCAGAAGUACGGCAUCAACGACAGCGGCACCACCACGCCGAGGAUUCUGUACCAGUUGGACCGAGUGACCCCCACCCAGUUGGAGCGUUUCCUGCAAACCUGCAGAGACAAAUACCUGCGUUCCCGCAUGGAGCCGGGAUCCGCUGUUGGUGCCGUGUGUGCCCAGAGCAUCGGCGAGCCGGGCACGCAGAUGACCCUCAAGACGUUCCACUUUGCCGGUGUCGCCUCCAUGAACAUCACCCUGGGAGUGCCUCGCAUCAAGGAGAUCAUCAACGCCUCCAAGAACAUCAGCACCCCGAUCACGACGGCCCAGCUGGAGGUGGAUAACGACGCCGACUUCGCGCGCCUCGUUAAAGGGCGCAUCGAGAAGACGCUGCUGGGAGAGGUGUCUGAGUACAUAGAGGAGGUGUUCCUGCCGGACAGCUGCUUCAUCCUCGUCAAACUCUCUCUGGAGCGCAUCCGCCUCCUGCGCCUAGAGGUGAACGCUGAGACUGUGCGCUACAGCGUGUGCGUGUCGCGUCUGCGUGUGCGUCCCUGCGACGUCACCGUGCAUGGCGAGGCCAUCGUCUGCGUCACGCCCCGGGAGAGCGCUCGGAGCUCCACGUACUACGUCAUGCAGUCCCUGAAGCAGCAGCUACCUCGGGUUGUGGUUCAAGGCAUCUCCGAGGUGACUCGCGCUGUGAUUCACGUGGACGAGACGGCCAACGCUGGCGCAGGAGGAGACGCUGGAGGGAGUCGCCGCUUCAAGCUGCUCGUGGAGGGAGACAAUCUGAGGGCUGUGAUGGCGACACACGGAGUGUGUGGGGCACACACCACCUCCAACAACACUUACGAGGUGGAGCGAACUCUGGGCAUCGAGGCGGCGCGGGUGACCAUCGUGAACGAGAUCCAAUACACGAUGGUCAACCACGGCAUGAGCAUCGACCGCCGGCACGUCACCUUGCUGGCCGACCUCAUGACGUACAAGGGAGAGGUGCUAGGCAUCACGAGAUUUGGCCUGGCUAAGAUGAAGGAGAGUGUGCUCAUGCUGGCUUCCUUUGAGAAGACAGCCGAUCAUCUGUUCGACGCAGCGUACUUCGGACAGGAAGACUCUGUGUGCGGGGUCUCCGAGUCCAUCAUCAUGGGCAUCCCCAUGAGCAUCGGCACGGGCAUCUUCAAGCUGCUCCACCGCUCAACGCGAGACUCCCCGCGCCCGCCAAGGGCACUGCUGUUUGACAACCCCUCCUUCCACGUCGCCACCGCCUGACUGGGCCUGACUAGGCCUGACAAAGCCUGACUGGGUCUGACAAGGCCUGACUAGGCCUGACAAAUCCUGAUUAGGCCUUACUCAGCCUGACAAAGCCUGACAAGGCCUGACAAAGCCUGACAAAGCCUGACUAGGCCUGACUGGGUCUGACUGGAUCUGACAAGGCCUGACUAGGCCUGACAGGACCUGACUAGGCCUGACACGGCCUGACAGGGCCUGACUGGGCCAGACUGGGCCAGACUGGGCCUUACAUGGACUGACUGGGCCUGACACGGCCUGACUAGUCCUGACUAGGCCUGACAGGGCCUGACUAGGCCUGACAAGGCCUGACAAGGCCUGACUGGGCCUGACAGGGCUUGACUGAGCCUGGCAGGGCCUUUCUAGGUCUGGCACGGAGUGACAAAGCCUGACUAGGUCUGACAAAGCCUGACUAGGUCUGACAAAGCCUGACAAAGCCUGACAAGGCCUGACAAAGCCUGACAAGGCCUGACAAAGCCUGACUAGGCGUGACAAAGCCUGACUAGGCCUGACUGGGUCUGACUAGGCCUGACAAGGCCUGACAAAGCCUGUUCUAGGCCUGACUGGGUCUGACUGGGUCUGACAAGGCCUGACAAGGCCUGACAAGGCCUGAUAAGGCCUGACUAGUCCUGACAGGGCCUGGCAGGGUCUGGCAGGGCCUUUAUAGGCCUGACAGGGUCUGACAAAGCCUGACACGGCCUGACUAGGUCUGGCAUAGCGUGACAAAGCCUGACUAGGUCUGACUGGGUCUGACUGGGUCUGACAAAGCCUGACACGUCCUGACUGGGGCUGACUGGGUCUGACAAAGCCUGACAAGGCCUGACAAAGCCUGACAAGGCCUGACAGGGCCUGACUGGGUCUGACAAGGCCUGACUAGGCCUGACUAGGCCUGACAAAGCCUGACAAAGCCUGAAAAAGCCUGACUGGGUCUGACUGGGUCUGACUGGGUCUGACAAGGCCUGACUAGGCCUGACAGGGCCUGACAAAGCCUGACUGGGUUUGACUGGGUCUGACUAGGCCUGUCAGGGCCUGACAGGGCCUGACAAAGCCUGACAAGGCCUGACUAGUCCUGACAGGGCCUGACAAAGCCUGACAAGGCCUGACUAGUCCUGAUAAGGCCUGACAGGGCCUGACAAAGCCUGAUAAAGCCUGACUAGGUCUGACUGGGUCUGACUGGGCCUGACAAGGCCUGACAGGACCUGGCUGUGUUCGUGUACUUGAUGCGACAACAAUAAAAAUACAAUUUAAUUUCACUGAGUAA